AUGGCUCGGGGACGCGAGGCCGACCAUGGGGAGGAGCCAGCCGCAAAGCGGACCAAGGUUGAUGGAGAGAAUGGAACAGCUGCAGGUGUUAAGCUCUCACAAUUGCCAUUGCCUGCCCCUGUUACUCAGACUACUGCUUCCACUCCCACAGCUGUCAAGUCGGGUAUCACAAAAAUGCAGCACAAAUUCCUGACCAAGUGUGUGUCAAGCUUGAAACGAAUGCAUGAUUCGCGCUUCUAUCGUGAGCCUGUAGAUCCGAUCAAGUUGAACAUUCCGAACUACCUCCAAAUCAUUACUCAACCGAUGGACAUGAGUACGAUUGAGAGAAAGCUCAAGGCCAAUGACUAUUCUUCCUCCCAGGCGUUUAUUGAUGACUUCAAUCUGAUGGUUCAGAAUUCCUUGACUUUCAAUGGACCUGACCAUCUCGUCGCUCAAGAGGGCCAGAAGCUCAAGGUAAUUUUUGACAAGCAGAUGAUCAAUCUUCCCAAGCCGGACGAGGUAGAGGAGAAGAAGUCGAAGAAGUCGUCGACAGAGAAAACUUCCGCCGCACGCCGGGAGCCUCGAACUUCGCUUGGUAGUACUAGUCAACCCCCGAAGGCCGCAUCUCCCCCAAGUGCUAGCACUACCGGCACUACGUUCGCCCUUGGCCCCGAGGGUCUGCCAACCAUUCGUCGCGACUCAUUCAACCCCGAUGGACGUCCAAAGCGUUCCAUUCACCCUCCUAAACGCGACCUGCCUUACUCUACCAAGCCUAAGAAGAAGAAGUACCAAUGGGAAUUGCGAUUCUGUCAGGACGUUCUUGAUGAGCUUCACAAGCCGAAGCACCAUGCGAUCGCAAUCGCCUUCUACUACCCCGUGGAUCCUGUCGCUCUCAAUAUUCCUACAUACCACAGUGUGAUCAAGAAGCCUAUGGAUAUGUCUACUGCCCAAAACAAGCUCAAAACUGGUCAAUAUGAGAAUGCCAAGGAAUUCGAAAGUGAUAUCCGCCUCAUGCUCAAGAAUUGCUUCCGAUUCAAUAUGAAGGGAGAUCCAACUUAUCUUGCUGGUGAGAGUCUUCAGGCGGUGUUUGAUCAGAAGUGGAAGGAGUUGCCCCAGUAUCUCGAGAAGCACGAGCCACACCCGGAGCAGCACACUGAUUCUUCCGAAGACGAGAGCGACGAGGAUGCGGAAGAGAGCGAGAAUGAGGAUAACGAGAAACUCAGUCUGCUGCAGAAGCAGAUUGCCGAGAUGUCUCGCCAGGUCGAAAUGAUCACUCAGAAGAAGAAGAAGACUCCACCUUCCUCUAAGAAGGUCGGCAAGUCAUCAAAGUCUGGCAAGAAGGAUGGUAAGAAGAGCAGUAGUGGUAGUAAGAAGGAUAAGAAGAGCAGCCUCAGCAAGGGUCCUAAGGAGAGAACCCGUCUCGUGACCUAUGCGGAGAAGCAGGUCAUCUCCCACGGCAUCAGUAAUCUUCCUGACAAGAAGAUGCAUGAGGCGCUCGGCAUUAUCCAGAGCAAUGUUCCUGCUCUCAAGGGUACCCAAGAAGCCGAGAUUGAGCUGGACAUUGAUGAGUUGCCCAACGACGUUUUGGUUUUGCUGCUCAAUUUCGUGCGGAAGAAUACCAAUCAAUAUGCGGAAGAUGAAGAAACCUCUCCUGCAAACACUUACGCAGCUCCCAAGCCGAAGAAGAACAAGCCCAUGAGUAGUGCGGAACAAGAGGCUCAGAUCAACACGCUCCAGAGCAACCUAUCGCGUUUCGAGAGUGGUGGUGCUUCCCUCCCAUCCGUCGAGAACAAUGAGUCCAGCGAGGAUGAAUCCGACGAAGACUCCGAGGAGAGCGAAGAGGAGUAG